UCAAAAUAUAGGGAAGCUGUUGGAGUUGCUCUAACGAUCCUAAAUGAUAUAUAACAUUUUCAAUAUCUAUUUCAUUUUUACACUUACCGUUCCUUUUUUUUUUUUGGCAAAAUCUUGAAUUUCCCGCUCCUAGUUUAAUUCUUCCCACUUCUUUCUUUUAUACCUUUUCUUAGUCCUCUUCGACUCUGGAACCAAAUCCCUCUGAUCUCUUGGCCACCUGCAAACCAGAAACAAAGUAACUUGAAUUCUUUGGUCAUUCUAAGCACUACAAAUUCCCUCCCCAAGAAUGGGUGAUUCUUUGUCUAUCCCUCUCCCUUAUUCACUUCAAAUUCUUUUAGAUCCGGAAGGAGCAGUGCUUCGAUUUGACGGGCGAGGACUCUGGUGUACAAGGCCAUGGGCAAACCCACGCCUUUCAUGUGCCUCUCGUCAUGAAAUGUGAGAUAGAAGCACGAGAGACAGAGAGGGCUAUUCAAAAAGAUGUUCUAUUCUACUGCAUUUGAGAUUGAGACUUGGUUCAGAGACAUCAAUUGAGCAAUAACUGAGGUCGAAGAAGGGCGAAAUGGCAAUAGCAGCCCCUAUGGUUACAGUCCAAGUUCAUGGCUUGGAUAAAACCCCAAGCUCUGCUACUUCAGAGCAAGAAGAAAAAGGAGCCGACUCGAACCAUAAUUAUGUGCAAUCUAAUUAUCGCUUUGAUUGCCUUGUCCUUGGUCGCCACUUAAGUCUAUUGGUCCAGAAGGUCACUGGGUCUGACUUUACUUUUCUUGCUGCAGAGAAAAUGGAUGCGUUUUCGAAGAAGGAUGAUCUUUCUGGUUAUGCUGAAAGCUCAUUCAGUUGAAGAAAUUCUGAAAGGACUAUGUUGCUACUUUGACAAAGCAUUGCCAGUUAUCCUUCUUUACAAAUAUGAUCGUCCGCAGUAUGAGAAAGCAAUUGCAGAUAAUGUCUCUCCUUCAUCUGUAUACGGUGCUGAGCAUCUAUUACGCCUCUUUGUUAAACUGCCCGGGCUAUUGGUUGAGGCUAACAUUGAAGAGGAGACUUUGAAAGAGCUGCUGCAAAGAUUGGCCGACUUUCUCAAGUUCCUACAUAAGAACCAGAGUGCAUUCUUCCUCUCUUCCUACCAUGUACCAGAAGAUACUGAAAUCAGCACCAACAAACAAGAUGACUAAGCAGGGAAAUAUUUGCAACAAUUCGUACAUAAUACUGUAGAACUACAGCUGUUGUGUGAUAUCUUGGCACCGGUUUGAACUUUUUCCAAGCUCCAAAAGCAGGUGACCGUUAAUGUGCUUGUAUUCGCCGUAUAAUUUAUUGCAAUUGACUGCGCAUGUAACAUGUGUUUUCAACAUAUACCGUGUGCCUUGUAAAACUUCUCUAGUAAAAUAUGACCGACGGUGGAGGUUGCACCUUUUGUUCUA